AUGAAGGCCCUGCAGGCCAACCAGGGCUUCCAGGACCUCCAGAUCAUCUUUCCCCAGCCCAGCAAGGGUGUUCCCUAUGUGGAGGGCAAUGGGGUGAGGAGUCUAUACAAGCUCCAGGGGGAACCAGGAGCCAUGGGAUUACCGGGGCUUGAAGGACUACCCGGUGCCAAGGGUGAUAUUGGUUUGCCUGGCCCACCUGGCAUACCAGGUCCUCUGGGGAAGCCCGGCACUCGUGGAGAGCCAGGGAUCCCAGGAGAGCCGGGUGAGAGGGGGCCAAUCGGAGAGACAGGAUUCCCAGGGCCCGAGGGACCCCAAGGUGUUCCUGGGAGACCUGGAAAAGAUGGAAUUCCUGGAUACGAGGGAGCUACAGGUAGACCAGGAGACCGAGGAUCCAAAGGAGAACGUGGUGACCCAGGGAUUCCUGGAGAGAGAGGUGUUCAGGGUGAGAGGGGGCGGACAGGAGAUCCUGGACUGAUUGGACCAAUGGGACCUCCAGGCCAAAAAGGAGAACCAGGCCUCCCAGGACCGGGCACAGUGAACCUCUUGAGUGAUCCCAGCUCCAUGGAGGAAAUUAAGACAUUUAUCCGGAAUGAAGUGUUAAGGGUCUUUGAAGAGAAACUAUCCAGGUAUGUCACGCUGCAAAAGACACCAGCAGCCAUUUUAGCAUCGCAAAUUCAGCAAGGGCCUCCGGGACCCCCUGGCAAGGACGGCUUACCAGGCCCCCCCGGAGAACCUGGACCUCCUGGUCCCCAAGGGUACAGGGGUCAGAAAGGAGAACGAGGACAGCUUGGUCUGGGGUUACCAGGAGAUCAAGGACCUGCUGGCCAGCCAGGCCCACCUGGAUUGGGUUCCCAGGGCCCUCCUGGCGCUCCAGGGCCACAAGGACUUCCUGGGAGAUGUGACCCCAGUGACUGUCUUCCUCCGUCUUUACGAACGCGGCGGAAUGGGUAG